GACAGUUAUCGGCUUCCGAGUCCCGCUGCUAAUCGUUCUUUAUAUUUCAUAGGUUACCUUUUUGGAGGUUACCAUCGUAGCGUCUCAUAUUGUAAUACUACUUAGUCUUUUUCUUAGUAACUAUUUACUGUUAAAUUUAAAUAAUUUAAUUUUCCAUAGUGCAUUUAACUCGCUUAAUUAUAAGUUUUCAAUACAAUUUUAAAAAUCAUUCAACUUCCUCAGUGACGCGAGAAAUCGCUGAGAGGUUGAUUUAGUUUGUCAAACUUGCUGCUCAGAAUCAAAAAUGGCCGAAAGUGAAGCAAGUGUAAACCCAAAAGCUUAUCCUUUAGCUGAUGCGGCUCUUACAGCAAAGAUAUUGAACCUCGUUCAACAAGCUGCUAACUACAAGCAACUUCGAAAAGGAGCUAAUGAGGCGACUAAGACAUUGAACAGAGGUCUAUCUGAAUUCAUCAUUAUGGCAGCAGAUGCUGAACCAUUGGAGAUUGUGCUCCACAUUCCAAUUCUGUGUGAAGACAAGAAUGUACCUUAUGUGUUUGUAAGGUCUAAGCAAGCUUUAGGUCGGGCCUGUGGUGUUUCUAGGCCUAUUGUUGCUUGCUCCAUAACUAUUAAUGAGGGCUCGCAACUCAAACCACAAAUUCAAACUAUACAACAAGAGAUAGAAAGACUCUUAGUGUAAGUUCUAGUGUGUGCGGGAAAUACUAUUUUUGUAAAUAUAAUUUCCAAAUAAAACA